UUAAGCCACAGCCAAACCCCUGAUUCUUAUAUCUUCAAAAUUUAUAACUACUGUGGCUGUUGCAGUAAAUGAAUAUCUUGCUUUUAUUAUACCCGAUAGAUAUUAGUGUUCCUGGUCACAAAAAUGCAUGUACAUCCAGAAUUCUUCACAUACCAGUCUACAUACUUUAUUAUACAUAAGCAUGCUACACAAACACACACUCUUUCAGUGUGACGGUUGCAGAAGAGGAAGUAAAGCAGGUUUCUUCCUCAUUAGACUCCGGAAGUAACUCUUCAGUGACAUACAGUACGAGUCUGUCUGUAAGAACACGUCUCAGCAAUCGCAAGGUUCCCAUUUCUGUCUCCUCUCACCAUCUUUCUCAUCUCUGUUAAGGGCACUGGGUACUUUUUGUGUUUUUCUGCCCCACCCCACCUUUUUGGGCAUAGAGGUAGAGAUGGAGUUGUGGAGGCACUGUGCCCGGUGGCUGAUUGACUGUCGCGUGCUUCCUCCUAAUCAUCGUGUGACAUGGGACACAGCACAGGUGUGUGACCUGGCUCAAGCACUACGGGAUGGAGUCCUGCUCUGCCAGCUGCUCAAUAACCUGAUGCCUCAUAUAGUCAACUUGAGUGAAAUCAAUGUCCGCCCGCAGAUGUCGCAGUUUCUUUGCUUGAAGAAUAUUCGAACAUUUCUUUCCACAUGCACUGAAAAGUUUGGGAUGCGCAGAGCUGAUCUGUUUGAGGCUUUUGAUCUAUUUGAUGUCAGAGAUUUCGGAAAGGUUAUCAACACCCUGUCCAUGUUGUCCUGGACUCCUAUAGCUCUAAAUAAAGGCCUCUUACCAUUCCCGACAGAGGAUUUAGAAACAGACGAUGACAUCUACAGUGGUCUCUCGGAUCAGAUUGAUGACACUGCAGAGGAAGAUGAAGAUCUCUAUGAUUGUGUUGAUAUGGAUGAAGAGGAAGGCAAUGAAAUUUAUGAAGUACUCAUGAAGGGUGAAGAGCAACCUGCAACAAAAGAUGGGAAAAUGACUAUGGAUGAUAUGAAGAGGUGCUGCCUCCAGGAACUGUACCAGACAGAAGAGAAAUACACUGAUACACUGGGAUCUAUCUGCCAGUACUUUAUGAAGCCCCUUCAGAUGUUCCUUCGUAAAAAAGAAAUGAGUGAUAUCUUCAUGAACAUAUUGGACCUGAGAGCUCUUCAUGAAACCUUUGUGGCAGAAAUGAAGAAUUGCAGCUUACCUAAGAACAACCACAACCUGUAUCAAGUGUUCCUCCAAUACAAGGAGAAGUUUAUUAUCUAUGGCACAUAUUGUAGCCAGGUGGAAUCUGCCUGUAAAACAUUGGAGAGGACAUCUCAGGAACAUGAAGGUGUCAGGAUGAAGCUAGAGGAAUGCUCCCAGAGAGCCAAUAAUGGACGCUUCACCCUGCGAGAUCUGCUGAUGGUGCCAAUGCAACGGGUUUUGAAAUAUCAUCUGUUGUUGCAGGAGCUGGUUAAGCACACAGCGGAGCCAACAGAGAAGGAGAACCUGAAGCUGGCAUUAGAUGCAAUGAGGGAUCUGGCCCAGUGUGUUAAUGAAGUGAAGAGGGAUAAUGAGACACUGAAGCAAAUCACCAGCUUUCAGCUUUCUAUUGAAAAUCUGUCUGAAUCUCUUGCUCAGUAUGGCAGACCAAAAACUGAUGGUGAGCUGAAGUUGGUUGUUGCUGAGAAGAAGUCCAAGCUGGACAGGUACGCCUUCCUUCUGGACCGGGCACUGGUACUAUGUAAGCGGAAAGGAGAUACAUAUGACCUGAAAGAAUUUGUAAAACUUCAACAUUAUCAAAUCCGCGAUGAUUCUUCUGGAGACAAAGACAGUAAAAAGUGGUCACACAUGUUCUUUCUGAUUGAUACGUCUGGAUUUCAGGGAUAUGAACUUUUCUUCAAGACAAGAGAUCUGAAAAAGAAAUGGAUGGAACAGUUUGAAAUGGCUAUUUCAAACAUUUACCCAGAAGAUGCUUAUGCAAAUGGCCAUAAUUUUGAAAUGUAUUCAUUUGAAGAUACGUCCACAUGCAAAGCCUGUCAGAUGCUGCUAAGGGGCACAUUCUUCCAGGGCUACAGAUGUAGCAAUUGCAGAGUGCCUGCUCACAAGGAAUGCUUGGGGAGAGUGCCGUGCUGUGGGAGGCAAGAUAGUGGCUCCACUGCUAUGAAAAAGAAACCAGGUCGUGGACCGCAGAGUAAAAGGCCUGAGUCAGGUUUUACAAAGAUGGAGACUUGUCAUGAUUACAUAGGAAUUCCUCCACCACCUAUAGCCUUUGGUCCACCACUAAAGAUGCAAAAGGGUGAAAUCAUAGAGCUGACUAAAGCAGAAGCUGAACAGAACUGGUGGGAGGGAAGAAACACAUCUACAAAUGAGAUUGGAUUCUUCCCUUGCAGUCAUGUAAAGCCUUAUAUAUAUACAUCAUUGCCUGACCUGUCAACAUUUGCCUGGUAUGCUGGUCCAAUGGAAAGAAAAGAAGCAGAGAUGUCAUUAUCCAAUCGGUCUGAUGGGACUUUCUUGGUCAGACAGAGAGUGAAAGAUUCUGGAGAAUUUGCAAUUAGCCUCAAGUUUAACCAGGAAAUAAAACAUAUGAAGGUGACUGCUCAGGAUGGACUCUGGAGACUCACAGAGAAGAAAGGCUUCAAAGGGCUUACUGAAUUAGUUGGAUUUUACCAAUCUAACCCAUUAAAAGAUUGCUUCAAACUUUUGGACACAACGCUACAGUUGCCUUUCAAAGAGCCAGAGAAGAAAGAAAACACAAAGACAGACAACAGGGUGAAGUAUUUUGGUUCAGCCCGAGCACGUUAUGAUUUCUGUGCAAGAGACAGAACUGAACUGAGUUUGAAGGAAGGAGACAUCAUCAGAAUCCUGAGCAAGAAAGGACACCAGGGCUGGUGGAAAGGAGAAGUAUAUGGCAAGAUUGGUUGGUUUCCAUCAAAUUAUGUUGAAGAUGACUUUUCUGAGUACUGCUGAGUGAGUGAAUCCAUUGCCCCAUAAUGAAUCUAUAGGAUAAGAGUGCUAAGACCCAGAACGAAGCAUGGAUUACUGAAUUUAAGGACUCACUGUACCGCUACAUACAAAAAGAGAAAACUUCUGCAUUGAGUGGUAAUAAAAACAAUUGUCGUCCCUAAGCUACAUCUUUUGGAUAGACGUCCUGGCACCUCUUAUAUAUAACAGGUUUCACAUCAGUGCCUUUUCCUGCUAAAAUAUUUACAUUUCCUUUAGUAAUAUACUGACCAUUGUUUUUGAGUUCAUACGGUACAUCCUCAUAGGUAUAUGUCAUUCAAACACUGUGCAUGGGAGGUAGUUACGUGACCAGUGGUCACGCAUACCCAACUCCUGUACACACCUUAUAACUGCAUAGACAGACAUCAAGUAAACUGCCAUUUCAUAGUGUGGGACUGAAAGCCUCCUGGGUUCACAUAGACCAGUGGUUUCCACAUUUUUUUGAAUCACGGCGCCCUAGAGUAUCAGAAUUUUUUUCACGGCACCCCUAGGCCAAAAAUUUCUUAUUGAGAAAUUUAGAAAGAAAUAUUACAUUAAGUAGAUCGCGUUUAUAUGGGUCAGUUGUGUGGUGAGGGACAGGAUUUGCUUCUGUUUGGCCACAUAUUUAAUGACUGGCAGCCACCAGCACUGGUUUUGCCUAUUAUAUUGACUAUGAAUAUUUUGAAUUGGUCCUGGACCACCAACCCAGGGCACCCCUGCAAGUGUCCCGAGGCACCCCAGGGAGCCACGGCACACAGUUUGGGAACCUCUGACAUACACUGUAUUAUCACAUUAAGAUUUCACAGCCUGCAUACAUAUUGUGUUAAGAAGAAUUCCCCAAUGAGCAUGGUUUAUUCAGAAAAAUUUGGUUACAGUACGUUUUUAGGGUGCAACAUCUUCCUCAGGUGCUGACAAUUAAUGGUGAUAACUGGUAAAUGGUAUUGUGUUUUAUAAUUCAUUAAUUGGCAUAAUAAAU